AUGGGGACGGCGAGCUCGAAGUGGCAGUACGAGCGGACCAAAAAUCGACGCGAGGCGGCGGAGAACACGCGGGAGAAACGCUGCGCGCGAUGGAAGAUCCACUGGGACGCGAAGGGCGACGGCGCGCACAACUACACGACGAACGUCACGCCGUGCGCGUGCUUGGACCCGAGCUCCUCGGACUACUCCGACGGCGCGGUCGAGAACGAGCCGGAUCAACCGGAAGGGUGCGAGUUCUUACCCUACGAGUCGAUGCACAAGGGCGAGCGACCGUUCCAGCUGUACUACAUCGUCGGCGGGUGCGUCCUCGGCGUCUUCGCGCUGCUGUUCUGUUUCUGCUGCUGUCGCAUCACGCGCGAGGAGAGAGCGGCGGCGGAGAGAGAGGAGCGCGCGUCGUUCGCGGCCGCGCUGGCCGAGAUCGAGCGAAUGAUGAAGGCGCACAGCGGACGGUCGUUCGCGGUCGUGGAGCAGCCGGACGGACUCGCGGGGCUCGCGGAGGCGGAGCGGGUCGACGUCGAGGAGGGCGAGGCGCGUUCUAUACACUGGUUCCCAUACGACCGCGUCGGCGUGGUGAACGCCGAUCCUUAA